GCACGGGCAUUUUUUUAUUUUAUUUUUUUAGCGCUUAUUCGUAAAUAGAAAGUGUAUAUAAAACGUAUUUAAAGUUGAGUCAGAGCAAAAUAAUGUAGGUUAACGCGGCACGAAAUUAACUGUUGAAACGUAGGACAAGAGAGUUCUGUGUCGAUUACAAAAACAUUGUAUUUCAUUGCAACGGGUUUUUAAAAUAGCCAUUCAAGUUUAAUGUACCUUACUGGCCGAUAUUUCUGUGCAUUAAAAACUGCAUGAACUGUCGUAGGGGGCAAGUUUCAUUGCUGUCCAGAAAAACUGGAGGGCAUAUACAUUGAAACAGAUGGAAAAUAAAACAAGCACACAAUUGAAUAAAAUUAUUACGAAUAUGUGACACGUGAUAUGUCAAACACAAAGCCGCGUGAGUAUGGUCGAACCCCUUUUUAAACAUACCAUAACGGUCAAGUAUCCUGCUCGCUUAAACAAAGACGGAAGCCGAAAGGGGACUCAUUUCGUUUCAUAUCGAAGCUCUUUGUUCGACGUUAACUGGACCAAUCGGCGUGGAGGGGGGCGGAGUCUGCGGCAAAUGAACAAGCAGCGAGCUGAGGCGCUGGAGGAGAGCAGCAGAGAGAGAGACCGCACACAGCCAUCCAUCCAUCAUCCCUAACACCGUUUAUCGAAAGCCGGGCUGUCUGUCUCAGAGAAGUUCAGCUCCCACAGCUCGGAAGGUCAAGAACAUUGCCUCCAUUUACACCUGUGCCAGCCUCCCCCUCCUUUCCCUCGGCCUCUUUCUCACCCUCUCUCUGGGUCUCUCUCGCUCCGUCCUCAGUGACACCUGACAUGCGAGAGCAGGUGAACACAGCGAUCUGAGAGGUCUGUGCUGCGAUGUUGAUACUGGAAGUUUUCUCACCGCUCCUCCUCCUCCUCUCCAUCCUGUUGCCGCGCUACGGUUGCUGGGCGGCGGACAUUCCGGAGGACACUACAUCAGAGUUCUCGGUCAGACUGUACCACCGGCUGCAGGCGGCGGGGGAUCAGGAUAACAUCAUUUUCUCCCCGCUCAGCGUGGCUGUGGCCCUCGGGAUGGUGGAGCUGGGGGCCAGGGGGGCUUCACUGGAGGAGAUACGACAGACUGUAGGAUUCAGCCACCUUCUGCCAGGCGGGGAGUUCUCUUUGCUCCAGAACCUGACAGCGGCGCUGUCGGACGAUGACACCCACUACGUAAUCCGAUUUGCCAACAGCCUUUACCUGCAAGAAGGCGCCACCUUUAACCCUGAGUUUCUGCAUCUGAUGCGGAAGUACUUCCGGGCCGAUGUGGAAACGGUAGACUUCAGCGAAUCGGCAGCCGUGGCCGAGCAGAUCAACAAUUGGGUGGAAAAUCAUACUGAGAGUAAGAUCCGCGAGCUGGUAUCAGCAGAGGACUUCAGCAGCGUGACCCGCCUGACCCUGGUGAACGCUGUCUACUUCAGAGGCUCUUGGAAGAACCAGUUCAGGCCAGAGAACACCAGAACCUUCUCCUUCAGCAGAGACGACGGCUCUGAAGUCCAGACGCUCAUGAUGUACCAACAGGGGGACUUCUACUAUGGCGAGUUCAGCGACGGCACUCAGGAAGCCGGCGGCGUGUACCAGGUGUUGGAGAUGCCCUAUGAAGGGGAGGACAUGUCCAUGAUGAUCGUUCUGCCUCGGCAGGAGGUGCCACUGGCUUCCCUGGAGCUCAUCAUCAAAGCACCACUGCUGGAGGAGUGGGCUAACAAUGUCAAACGGCAGAAGGUGGAAGUCUACCUCCCCAGGUUCAAAGUGGAGCAGAAGAUCGACCUGAGGAGCACUCUGCAGGAGCUAGGAAUAAAGAACAUCUUCACCAACGAUGCUGAUCUCUCGGCCAUGACAGAUGGUAAGGACCUGUACAUUGGGAAGGCCGUGCAGAAGGCUUACCUGGAUGUGACAGAGGAGGGGGCCGAAGGAGCCGUCGGGUCAGGUAUGAUUGCUCUGACCAGGACUCUGGUGCUGUAUCCGCAGGUCAUGGCUGAUCACCCGUUCUUCUUUGUCAUCAGAAACCGGAGGACAGGGUCCAUCCUCUUCAUGGGCAGGGUCAUGACCCCUGAGGUCAUCGAGCCCAACGACCAUGACUUUGACUCCAUGUAACCACCGCGUGAGCUCCCUCGAGAUCCUGACGUCAUAAACGCUACCUAUCCUCUCUAUCGCCAUCUUCAGCUGUCUUUUAUACUCUUGACAAAAAGAUAUACAAACUGAAUAUUAUACGAUAUAUUAUAUAUUGAAAUAAGACAUACGACAUAUGAUGUGUUUUGAUACUGGAAGCUUUAAACUCCUGGAUACAGACAUGCAGGACAAGGAGGUUGUACAUAUUCUCUGGUGUAUGGUUUGUAUAUGAGAAAAGACGAGAAGAAGAAGAUAUGUAAUCCACGCACAACCCCUUUAAGUUCAGCCGCUUCGUGCUCACUUACGCAAACACACAAAAACUGUUUUCUCUCUACUUCUACAAUAUUUACUCUUUCAUACUCCAGAUACAGUAUGUGCACACUGUAGGUUUCACACUUUAAUUAUAUCCCUGUACAUUUGACAUUGUGUUCUAUAAAAUAUACAUAUAUAUGCUCCAUAUUUAUUGCAGAAUAAACAUGUGCAAACAUUUUGUCCCAAUACACUGAAUCUUAGUAAUGUAUCUGUUCCAGAGAGUAUUCUAGUAAUUGUUUUUACACUGUAGGCACAUGGCUUAACUGCUGAUGAACUAAUAUGCCUUAUCAUAUCUGAGUGGUUGAUUAAGGCGCAGCUGGGCAUCUCACAGGUGAGCAGAGGGGACUGCGUGACUAAGGCGGGUUGCUAUAGAGACGGCCUGGAGCAUGCAGGCGCAUUGAAAAAGAUCUGCGGCACUGUUUUGGAUGUACAUACAGGGAGAAACCGUAACACCAGCUGUAUUCAGUCUUUUACUCAAUAAAAACAUGAAUGUGUUCCCAUUA